UUAUGUGUGCAAAUUAGGAUCGCUGCCUUGAGUUUAUACAUAUUCAUUGGCCCUUUUUCUUUAGCUUACAAACAUAGUUAGGACUGGAGGUCUGUAACUUGAUUUGUUCAUAAGUCCAAAUUCAGUUUUACCGCGUUGCAAGGUCACGGACAGUGAAAGGACACGUCCCUCCCCACAAUACCUGCUGUGUUAUACCAAAUAUGCGCGCAUAAUGCAGAGUUACUUCCAAUUCGCGCGUUUAAAUUCACCAAAACGCCAAUCUGCCCACCACCCCAACCAAAAGUCCUCCCCCUGUGCAGUUUUGCGCCUUGCUUAUGACAAUUAGUGGCGCUUUACUUUCUGUACGGUAUUCUUUUUCACACGACUUCCUCUUUGUUGUGAGGAAGGAGGUCCUUACUGGAAAGCCGGAGCCAGUCCCACAUUGAACUAUACGUGACACGACGUUUUCAACGUUUAUAGCAGGGAGAAUUGACGGAGCAGAAAGGAGGGUCCGAGCUGAGAGCUGCAACAGCACUGCGCGAACACAAGAGCGGCGGACUAAUGGCGGAUCGGCUGCAGAAGGUGCGAACUUCUUUUGUAAAGGCCGUGAAUAAGGCCGUCAUUGAACAGCUGCUGGACGCCCUUCUCCAGUGCUCCGUUCUCAACGAUGGCGAGGUGGAGCAAGUGAAGGAGGAGAACUGCCAGAGGGCCGACAGGGCGCGGUGCCUCAUAGACAUGGUGCGGAAGAAGGGCGCCGCGGCCAGCGAGAAGUUCAUCGCGGUACUGAGAGAGCAGGAUCCCACCUUGUGUGCUGAGCUGGGCCUUGCCUCUGAUGCCACUGCCAGCGCGUGCGCUGCAGCUGCCCAAGGAACAUCUGAAGGGGAAAAAGCCAUCUCCCCCGUACUCAUUCGCAGUACGGAAGCAUUUAAGAGGGAAAUACUCCAGAGGCAUGGCAAUUCGAUUUACGAGAUAAAGGAAAAAUCUGGGCGUAAGCGGUUGGCUCUGCUCAUCAACAACAUAAAAUUUGACCAACCGAACAUGGAGAGGAGAGGAGCUGAGAGGGAUGAGGAGAACAUAAAUAAGCUUCUUAAAGACUUGGACUAUGAGGUGGUCAAACAUAAUAAUCUCUCUGCUCAGGAGAUUGAUGAAAAAGUGAAGGCCUUCUCUGAGCGUGAGGAGCAUGCUCAGUCUGACAGUACCUUCGUGGUGAUCAUGUCCCAUGGGAAGCGUGAUGCCAUCUGUGGGAUCCACCACAAAUUCGAAGAGAGCGCUGACCUCUUCAAAAUUGACAGAAUCUUCCACCAUCUCAACACGAAGAACUGCGUGGGCCUACGCAGCAAACCCAAAGUCAUCAUCAUCCAGGCCUGCAGAGGAGAUGAGACUGGCUCUACGUGGGUCUGUGACAAUGUGCCCGAUCCAGUCAAGGACAUGGAGGAAGAUACCAUCAGAGAGGACCAUAAGGAGAAGGACUUCAUCAGCCUAAUGUCCUGCACCCCAGACACAAAGUCUUACAGACAUGUCGUUCGUGGAACUGUCUUAAUCCAGCGCAUUGUGGAGAUAUUUAACACAUAUGCUCAUGAAGAUCACAUUGAAGAACUUUUUAGGAAGGUUAUGAGCCGAUUUGAGGACUUCCCCAAACAAAUGCCAUCUAAAGACAGAGCGACUCUGACAAAGAAUUUCUACCUCUUCCCUGGACUCUGAGAUUCCACCAGGGUAUCUCUCAUCCUGCAAUACAAAACAAGAUGUGGACACAUGCAAGCAAAAGCACUUAAUUCACAGUCAUGCAAAUAAGUCAGACAGCAUAUUAAAAUGAAAAAUUGUACGAGUUUAAAAAAACAUGAUGUCAUAUGGAAACAAAGAAUUUUUUUUGCACCCAAGAUGUAAUGAGAUGGACUGUACCAUGUCUGUGAAAUCACCAAAAAAUUAAAACUUCUGAAUAUUAACAAAGAAAAAAAAUUGAUAAAUACAACAUUACCAGUUUGAGCGCUGCAUAAUAUGUAUAUUUGUAUUUCCCCAGG